AUGAAAGCCAUAGUUUACCACGGUAAUAAGGAUAUUAGAUACACUGAUUCACAUCCUUCACCUAAUAUUACCCACGAAACUGAGGUGAAGAUUAAGGUCGACUUUUGCGGGAUUUGUGGCUCGGACUUACAUGAAUACUUGGACGGACCCAUUUUUUUUCAAGGCGAAAAGAGUGAAAUUUCGAAUAUCAGCAAGGUGCAGUGUAUGGGUCAUGAGAUUAGUGGAGAGGUGGUAGAGAUUGGCUCUGAAGUCAAAGCUUUGAAAGUAGGAGAAAAAGUGGUAGUGGAAGCAAGUGGGACUUGUCUAGAUAGAUAUAGAUUUCCGGACGCACCCAAUGUAAAGAAGCCAAAUUGUUGUGCGUGCCAUGACGACCAUCGUAAUGCAUGCGACCACAUUGGAUUUGUUGGAUUGGGGUUUAUGGAUGGAGGGUUUUCGGAUUACUGCAUUGUGGGGCAAGAACAUGUUGUUCCAUAUCCAGAAGACCUAAUUCCUGCUGAUGUUGCAGCCAUCACGGAACCAUUAUCUGUAGCUUGGCACGCUGUGAGAACAUCUAAUUUUCAACCGGGGCAACUGGCAUUAGUCUUGGGUAGCGGACCUAUUGGGUUGGCAGCUAUUAUUGCACUUAAGGGUCAUAAAGCAGGGAAAAUAGUCGUCAGCGAACCAGCAUUAAGCAGGCGAGUGCUAGCUCAAGAUUUUGGUGCUGAGGUUAUAGAUCCAAAGGAUUACUCAUACGAGGAAUGUAUCAAAGCCUUGAAAUUGAUGACAGUUGAUGGAUUUGGGUUCCAUCACAGUUAUGAUUGUUCUGGAAUUGCUGCAACUUUUAAUGCGUCGGUGCAUUCAUUAAGGACAUUUGGCACUGCAACCAACAUUGCUAUCUGGCCACAUAAACCAAUUGACUUUUAUCCUAUGGAUGUAACUUUCAAAGAAAAGGUUAUUACGGGAUCGAUGUGUACUACUCGACUCGACUUUGAACAAGUAAUUGAUGCUUAUAAAAAAGGGUUAAUUGAUCCUAACGAAGUCAAAAGGUUUAUUACUAGUAGGAUCCAUUUAGAAGAUGGUAUUGAGAAGGGCUUUAUGGAAUUGAUUAAUAACAAAGAUAAACAUAUCAAGAUAUUAAUGACUCCGAACGAACAAUUUAAAAGAACAAGCCUCACUUAA